AUGCGUCAAAGUGCAAAGGUAGAAGCUGAGGCCCUUGUGCAGAAAGCUACAAUAGAGAGCCAGCUGUUACGUGUAAAGGCUGAAGAGGACACAGAAUUGGCUGAACUUAGUGUGAAAAUUCUUGAGGAGGAAUUUCAAGAAAGCUUGGACAAUGAUAGUGAACAUAGUGAUUGGACAACCUCACACACGAAUCGUUAUGUGGUGAAUCAGAGUUUGAAUGUUGAGAAAAUUGGAAACGACAACAACAGACUGUUGACACCAGAACCAGAACACGUAGCACCAGUAAGGACCCCUUAUGUGACAAGAACUCUGCCAGUGUUUCCAGAUGUGUCUUCCCCACCUCCAUUUCAACCGGAUAACAACGAGUCGAUAACCGGUAAUCUUGUGAAAGCAGAAAUGUCACCUCAAGUGAAUAGACACCUUCAAGAACAAUUCUCAGCUGAAAAUACAUAUGUACAGACAACUUCCAAAGAUACUGUUAACUCAGACUCUGUACCAGACAAAAGACUUAAUCCAUCUGCCCAGCCUUUUAAAGGAAGUUGUACAUCAAAUCCUAAUGCUCUUAAUUCACACACAAGUCCUGUACUCAAUCAAGCUGUGAUGGACAUGUCAAACUUUUUAACUAAGAAAAGCUUUAUUCUUGAACGAGUGAAGCCCUUCGUUGGAGAUUCAGAGUUCUACUUGGCAUGGAAGAAUACAUUCAAGGAAGUGAUGAAGGAGAUUGAUGCCUCACCAUCCGUGGAACUUGACCUUAUGAUACACAACCUUAAAGGACAGCCUUAUGAACAGGUGAAGAGUAUCAAGAACUCUAACACAAGUGACUCAUCUCUUGCGAUCAAAAGAGCAUGGGAAAGAUUGGAUUCCUAUUAUGGCAGCCCGGACAGAAUCACAAAGGCCCUGAAGAACAAGUUAAAUGAUGUAAUCGAGAAAUUUGACUUCAACAACAAGUUGGACUAUUUUCGUCUGUCCGAUACCUUGAACGAAAUAAGUGCCGUAAAGGAUGACCCAAAGUACUGUCAAACCUUGAGCUACUUCGACACAGCUGAUGGAGUAAACCCAGUUAUUCACAAAUUUCCUCGGAACUACCAAAACAAGUGGCGUGACAAAGCUAUUCUCUUCAAAAGAAACAAUGAUGUAGUGUACCCUCCAUUCAGUAUGUUUUGCACCUUCGUACAGGAUAUGGCAUACGUCAUCAAUGACCCUGGUUUUGACUUUGACAAUGUACCUCAAAGGAAAACAUCACAACGAUUCGCAUCACAGAGCAACUCAGCGUCACAAACCAAAUCUAACAGACAAUUUCACAGACAAACCGUUACAUCCAACAAAACUAGUGUAACAGAAGAAAAUGAAAGGAUACGCUGUGCGAUUCACAAUUCUCACCACCUUACCAGUGAUUGUAAUGCCUUUCGUUCAAAGAGCAUCGGUGAAAAGAAGGACAUCUUAAGAAAACAUGGACAAUGUUUUAAGUGUUGUGAUGGCAAACAUUUGUCAAAUAACUGUCAUGUGUAUGUGAAGUGUGACACUUGUGGUAGCAGAUAUCAUUGUGCUGCUAUGCACAAUAACACUAACAGACCCGUACAGGCGUAUGGCGGGGAGAGAUCGAGCUAUGACAGAACAUCAUUGCCGCAUCCUAAUACUAACACAGAUCCCGUUUCACAGGUUAACGCUGUGUGCACAGAAGUCUGUGGCAAUUUCAAAGGCAAGUCAUGUGCUAAAAUUGUGCUCAUCAGUAUUCAUCACAAGCACAGUCAACAUCCACCACUUAGUGUGUACGCCAUACUUGAUGAACAAAGCAACAAGUCUCUGGCUAAACCUGAACUGUUUGAAAUUUUUGAUCCGAACACAGCAUGCGAAUCAUACAAACUGUCUACCUGUAGUGGAUCCUCUAUAGUCAGUGGUAGAAGGUCUCAUGGAUUUGUUAUCAGCUCAUUGGACGGACAAACAACAUUUGAUUUACCUACGUUGAUCGAGUGUGAUGCUAUCCCUAAUAACCGACAUGAGAUACCAACUCGUGAAGUUGCCAUUUAUCGCCCCCAUCUCUCAAAGAUAGCGGACUUGAUCCCACCCAUAGAUGAUUCGGCAAACAUAUUACUACUUAUAGGCAGGGAUCUUUUAAGAGCACACCACGUUCUUGACCAGAUAAGAGGUACUUCCUCUCAACCUUAUGCUCAACAACUACCAUUGGGAUGGGUAAUUAUCGGAGAAGCAUGCCUAGAUGGAAUGCAUACACCAUCAUCUAUUGAUGUUAUGAAAACUAUGAUAUGUUCUCAAUCUGAAGAAACCCCUGUUGGUUUUUUUAUACCUUGUGAUCAGAAAAUACAUAUUUCAGAGUGUGUGGAGAACAAUUCAAUAUUCAAACGCACAAGUGAGGACAAUCGACCAUCGUUGUCAGUCGAAGAUCGAGCUUUCCUGAAAAUAAUGGAUAAUGGUAUGAAAAAGGAUUCAUCGGGACACUGGACUGCUCCCUUACCUUUCAAAGAACCACGCCCUGCUCUCCCUACUAAUCGACAACAAGCGAUGGAUCGAGCUCUUAGUCUGGAUAGGAGCCUUCAAAGGAACCCUACGAAGAUGAUGCACUUUCAUGAAUUUAUGAAGAAUUUGUUUGAAGCUGGUCAUGUGGAGCAAGCACCGCCCUUGACCCCUGAAACUGAAUGUUGGUAUUUACCUCUGUUCGGGGUAUAUCACCCACAGAAGAAAGAUAAAAUCAGAGGAGUAUUUGACUCGUCGGCAAAGUGUGAUGGACUGUCCCUUAAUGAUGUACUAUUAAGUGGACCUGAUUUGAUGAAUAACCUGUAUGGAGUUUUGCUGCGGUUUCGUCGAGAAUCUAUUGCAAUUAUGGCUGACAUUGAGCAAAUGUUUUAUUGUUUUAUGGUUGACGCAGAUCACAGGAGAUAUUUGAGAUUCAUCUGGCACAAGGACAAUGAUUUUGAAAAACCCCUAGUUGACUACCAGAUGAAAGUACAUGUUUUUGGAAACAGUCCCUCCCCUGCAGUGGCGACUUACGGCUUAAGAAAAACAGCUGACAUUGCGGAAGAAAAGUAUGGCAAAGAUAUGAAGAAAUUUGUUCAUUUUAACUUUUAUGUGGAUGACGCACUGUCUUCACAUGCAACCACAGAAGAAGCAGUAUCGUUACUUCAACGGACAAAGAGAGCUCUGGAGGAAUACGGUCACCUACGUCUUCACAAGAUAACCUCCAACUCCAAGGAAGUACUAGCUGCAUUUGAUCAUCAAGAUCUAGCUAAAGACCUGAAGAAUUCGGAAUUCUUGGCUGAUGAUCUUCCAACACAAAGAAGUCUGGGCGUUUGCUGGAAUCUUCAAGAGGACUUCUUUACCUUUAAAGUAAACAUAGGAGAGAAACCCUUCACUAGACGUGGUGUCCUCUCUUCUAUCAAUAGUCUGUUUGAUCCUCUUGGAUUCGUAGCCCCAGUGACAAUUGCAGGAAAAGCAAUUCUCAGAGAGGCCAUGACCAGUGGUUUGGAUUGGGAUGAGCCAUUGCCGCCUGAUUUUAUCCAAAGAUGGAAUGCGUGGAGGUCAUCAUUGUCAGGUCUUGAAAUGCUUUGUGUACCGCGUACUUAUGGAGGAGUACCGAUAAGCCAAGCACAUAGUACAGAACUUCUGGUUUUCUCUGACGCGUCUACAAUGGCUAUUGCUGCAGUCGCUUAUGUGAAACUGGGUUACGGAACAGAACAACGACUUGGAUUCAUUAUGGGAAAAACCAAGCUAGCCCCAAAGCAUGGACACACCAUACCGCGGCUGGAACUCUGUGCAGCUGUUUUAGCUGUUGAACUGUAUGAUCUUAUUACUAGAGAAAUUGACAUUAAAUUUGACAAUGUUUCCUUUUUUACUGACAGUAGAGUUGUCAUAGGUUACAUUAAAAAUGAGUCAAAACGAUUCUUCACGUAUGUAGCAAACCGUGUGGAUAAGAUUCGCAGACUAAGUGAACCUGAAGACUGGCACUACAUUUCCACAAAGUUGAAUCCAGCUGAUGAAGGCACUCGCUCAGUGCAAGUGAAAGACUUGCAGAAUAGCUUAUGGUUAAAUGGACCACCUGUAACGCAUGAAUUGUGGAACAAUGAUCAGGAACCACAACUAUGUGGAAAAGAAUUUGAUGAUGAUUCAGAAGUCAAAUCUUGCAAGAUGGAAGUGCAACCAUGCUGCAAUUUAGGGUCGCAUCGUUUUGAGAAAUUCUCAACCUGGAGAAAACUCACUCAGGCAAUAUUGCUUAUUCAGAAAGUUGUUAGAUGGAACUUACUACACAAACGUAGAAAUGGAGAGGACAAAAAUCCACUUACCUUGAGAGCUGCUGAACUUCUGAUCAUUCACGUCAUUCAACAUGAGGCUUUCCUGGAUGAGAUUAUCGCCUUAAAAUCUGGACAGACUGUGCUUAAAACGAGUCCCAUUUAUGACCUCGACCCUUACCUUGACGACACUGGAUUAUUGAGAAUUGGAGGAAGACUUCGCCGUUCGAACCUGACCACCCAGGAAAAGAAUCCAAUCAUUAUUCCUAAGAAGAGUCACGUUGCAACUCUGCUCAUAGAUCAUUUUCACAAAGAAGUAAAACAUCAGGGUCGUUUGUUCACAGAGGGUGCAAUACGUAGUGCGGGGUAUUGGAUCAUCGGGUGUCGUCGUCAAGUGAACUCUUACUUGCGAAGGUGUGUGAUCUGUAAAAAACUUAGAGGAAAACAGCAGCAACCUAAAAUGGCCGACCUUGCGGAAAUUCGUCUUCAACCUGCCCCACCAUUUUCAUUUGUUGGAGUAGAUGUUUUCGGACCCUGGGGUGUAGUUACUAGAAAUACCAGAGGAGUGAAGGCGCAAGCUAAAAGAUGGGCAGUUAUAUUUACCUGUUUGGUCAUUCGAGCGGUUCAUAUUGAGGUGUUAGAAGAGAUGAGCUCUUCCAGUUUUGUUAACGCAUUACGCCGUUUUGUUGCACUGAGAGGAGAAGUACGGGUGAUAUGCUCAGACUGUGGAACCAACUUUGUUGGAGCUGUGAAGGAACUGAAUGCUAGUGUUAUUGAUGUAAAUGAUAACAUUCUCUCUAAUUUCAUGAAGAAAAAGGGAAUUCAGUGGAAGUUCAAUCCCCCACAUGCAUCUCAUAUGGGCGGAUCUUGGGAGCGAUUAAUUGGCGUUGCGAGGAAGAUCUUGAACUCUCUGCUCCUGGAUGCCAAAGUCACACGCCUUACUCAUGAAGUACUGCAACUUUGCUGA